UGCAGAAGGAGGAGGUGAUUGUUGGGGAGACCGGGAGCAUAUAAAGGUGGAGCGAGCGAGAGACGCCGCAAGUGGAACAAGGACCGGGAGGAAGGAGCCUCUUCACUUUUACCAUAGAAACACCCAACUUUCUCAAACAACAGUUCAAUGGCUGCCAGCAGGGAUUUGGCUUUUCCCCUGGUGAUCCUUAGCCUGGUUCUCAUCAGAGGUUACUCUCCCCUGCCCGCGACAUCCCGAGUUCCAGAGGAGAAUCCCGUGAGACCUCAGACGCCGCGUGGGUCUGACUUUGACAGCUACGAGUUUCGCACAGAGGAUUACUCUGACAACACGCCCGUCACACCUUUACCAACGAAAAAAGCGUCUCCAGACGGAAAGACCUCCAAGCGAUGUGACUACAACACCUGCCUCGAGAGCCAGACCUCCUGUGCCCUUCUAGCCUCCUCGACCGGGUGCACGUGUCCGGGCUCCACGUUAUUUAACGAGGUCCCGCAGCCUCCCAAACUAAAAUCACUGUCCUUCAACGGCUCGGACGUGGUUGCCCAGUGGUGUGCGCCUCACUCGUACGUCACAGCUUAUGUCGUGAGCGUAGGGGGCGAAGAGAGGCAGGUGUUCACCCAGGACCGCAGGAGCGGCCGUUUGGGCGACGUGGACGACCUGGCGGAGGUUUGCGUGGCGUCGGUGAACGACGCCGGACGCAGCCAGGGGGCCUGUUUGGAGUACCGGUCCACGGACAGCAGCCUGCCUCUGAAGGCCGGACUCGUCGGGGGAGGCCUGGGCUUCCUGCUGUUCUUGGUCCUCGCCGUCCUGCUCUGGAGGCACAAGAGGCAGAGGAAACAGGAGGCCAGCGUCUCCGUGCACGACGCGGCCGGGACGGAGCGGAGACCGGGCGCUCAGUGAGACGAGACUCGGCCCAAGGAGGCUCCUGAUGCGGUUACGUCGCGAUGUCUGCGCGGGUUUUUGGGGGGGGGGGCGAAAAAGACACUCUGGGGAAAUGCGGCGCUCGCCAUGACACGUGAAUAUAUCAGUCCCAACCCAGUUAACAGCAGGACUUUAAGGUUUUUUGUUCAUUCUUUAACACUCUUUGAACUCUUUAACAGAAGCAGCCGUGGUCCUGGGAAGACCACGUUUCUCCAAAACAUCAGCUGCCAUGUUUUCCAGUAAUCAAAUCAGGGUUCUCUUUGUCCAUUUAGCUUAUUAAGUAGAAGCAGGGAGCACAGAUUGCUAAAGUUUCUCUGUAAACAUUUUCAAGGAUGAAAUUAGUUUGUGAUUUCUUUGUGUAGACUGUUUGGAGAGUGCAAAUGUCUUUAUUAUUUGUAAUACAAGAGACAAUGGCUGACAAAGGUUCCAAUGAUUUGGCCUGUUUUUAAAAUAAUUUUGUGAUCUUGUUACAAUAAUUUAAUUGAGGUUAGGUAGCUGUCAGCGGGCCUUCUUUGUAAGAGUAUUUAAAUACAGAGUGAAAUGAUGUACUGAAAAUACUAGUGAAGUGAUUUUUGCGGUUUAUUCUAUUCCGUAUUUAUGAAAAAGAAAACGGAAGUCUGGAGCGCACAAAACAAAACUGAAACUACUGAUUAAGAAAGGUAUUUUAACGGUUAUUUAACAUCUUUUGGAUGGGCGAGUCGUGUCAUCGUACUGGAUGAGCACAAGUGUUCACAGCCUUUUCACCGGAUAUGGAUUUGGUGACGCUGGUCCCAUUCCAGUCCAGACUUCCAGUCAUCCAGCACUGAACUGGUACGAAGCUUCAGGCUGGGGGGUUUUUGUGUUAAAAAAAAGAGAAGAAAGUCCCAUAUUUACCCCCCCCCCCUCCUCCCUCCUUUAUCUUGUGUUCAAGCCUGCAUCUGCAUGUCUUGCAGCCAUGUUAUAAUUCCCUUUUGCUCCGGUUGAUGCCACGGAGUCGUUCCACUGCUCCUGGCCCUCGUUCUCCCUGCAUCACUUACAUCGCUAAGAGUUGCAUUUGAAGUCCUACAACAUCUGUAAUUGGGAGAAACAACAGAUUGUUCAUUUCAGCGGCUGAAAAUGGCCUCAAGAUGUUGCUCUUACGACACGUAGUCAGCCCGAAGUGCAGUCGCCCUCAAACCAGGAGGGAAAUCUUGGGACAUGUGCGGGCCAGUUUGAGACAAAAUGCAAAAACAGGGGCAUACAAUACUGUGUUUGUUUUAGCAAUGAAUUCUUAAAUCUGCAAAAUGGGUUUGACGGGAACUCCAGGCAGAGCAGUGCAUUUCUGCUGACGGUACUAGGACGGCACAACAACAUGCAGAGGUUUAUUUUAAUACAAAGUGAAUGUGUUUUUUUGUUUUUUUCAAUAAACGUUUUAUUUGUGAAA